UUCAUUUCAUUGUUCUGUUCUCUUUCUGCUGGUGCUGUUUUGGUUUAAGUGCAAUUAUCCACACAAGAACGCACCGAAACCCGAUGCACCUGCCCCGUGCACCAAGUGUGGGAGUGCCCAGUGCCAGUUUCAUUUAUAAAACUAUGAGUUUCGCACGGCUACCAACGCCGCUGACCGACUGACCGAUCAGAGUCUCACGCCCCCCUCAUGUGUUUACCCCUUGCCCAGCGUUCUAUUUGCGUUUCGUGUCCGCUUUAAAUCGCCUCAUUUGCAUACAACUUGACGACUUUACGUCACAACUCUCUAAAAUCGGAGGAGCAGUGAAACACGCCCAUUCCCGGAGGAAUCAUUAGCCCGGACCUGUUUGGAAUCCAGAAUGUGGAAGUGCCACAAGUGCGGCAAACCCGUUUACUUUGCGGAACGUAAACAAUCGAUCGGCUACGAUUGGCAUCCGGAAUGUUUGCGCUGCGAGGAAUGCGGCAAACGCCUAAAUCCCGGCCAGCAUGCUGAGCACAAAAGUGUGCCCUACUGCCAUGUGCCCUGUUAUGGCGCCCUUUUUGGACCGCAGCUGUUUGGCCACGGCACCCGUGUGGAAUCCCACAAAAGCUACGGGGUGAAGGGAGCCCAGAAAGCUACCGGAGCUCAGGCCAAUGGCCCGCCACUCCCGCGUGAUCACCUGGAGUCCAAGCUUAAGGUCUACAACCAAUUCUACGACAACAAAAGCCUGGAGAUACGCAGCCGCGAGGUCAACAACCGGUUGGUGCUGGAAGGUGCGCUUCGAGUUUACUGGGGCGUGCAGGGAGUGAUUCACCUCAAGGAGGACGAUGAUCAGCGCAUCUUAGUGCGCAAGAGGAACUCUUGCCGUGUAUCCAAAGCUGCCAAUGAAAGCAGUUCGGAUAAGGAAAACGAAGCUAGCGAGUCGCUGGCUCCGCCCACCACCACCACAGCCGAGGUCGAUCAACUAUCCACGGAUGUUUCCCUUUCCGAGAGCAUGACCUUCGACUCCUGUAGCCUGAACGAGAUCUCCGAGCUGCCCACUACUCCAGAAGAUGCCUCGGCCAACACCACAGCCAACAGCAAAGAGCAGACCAAUGGUAAGGUGUGCAACGACGACGAGGAUACAACCACGACGGACUCAUCUGGCACCCUGGUGGAGGCUCCAACGGCCAGCACAAGUUGUGUGUCCAGCACACUGCCUUCCAAAUUGGACCAUCUGGAGAAACUGGAUUGGGACGACAUAGACGAUCUGCUGCAGGUAGAGAGACGUCACAAUGACAAGGAUCGCAUUUACGAAACCAUGCCGGUGAAGCUGCCAUCGUCGCAAUCCUCCAGCGACAGUUCGCCUAGUAAAACAUCCACGGAGACCACUACGACCACUGAAUCAAGCUCAACCCAAUCGGCAUCGACAAAAACCAGCAGCACGGAUGAUUUUAUGACCGCCACGGGCUCGUUGACCGCCAAUACCAAUACGCAGAAUACCACAACGGUGUCCACAACUGAGACGUCCCUGGAUAACUACGAAACUUGUGAUGACGCUACCCUGAAGCCCAUUGAUUUCGAGGACUUUAAACGUAGUGUCCACCAGGACUAUGUGAAUGGGGCCAACUCGUUUACAGAGCCCAAUGAGGGCACCCUUAAGCGUAAUCAACCAAUCGAUCCCUCUCGCAUUCAUGACUCCCUUAAGCUCUACGGCGAGAAUUCAGUGAUGAGCAAAAGCUUUAAUUGUGAGCAUGCGUUGCGCUCAAUAGAUCCCACUUUAAUAAACGACACCAUGAAUCUGCGCAGCAGUGUGGGCUCUCCUCACUCCGCACAACGUCAGUACGCCUUACAGAAGAGUGGAUCCGCCACAGUAACCAGCAGGGAUCAAAAGAAGCCAUAUCAGCAGGGGCGGCAGUUGUUCGAAAAGGGCAUCAACCGCUCCAAAUCGGGACCCAGCUGUUUUGUGUACUCCGACAGCGAUGACGACGACGAGGCCACGCUGCGUCCCCAACGUUUGGCCACCAUUAGACGCAGCGACAUACCACCCCGGUACAUUCAAAUCCAAAUGGACUGUUAUCCCAAAGAGAAUGUGGCUGCUGCCAGCGAAGGUGAGUCCAGUCGGACAGAUGGUCCUUCCAUAACCAGUGGAGCAGCUGCCGGCGAUGAGCUUACGCAAACCGAGGAUUUGUAUACUGCGAGCGAGGGCGUUGAUGCUCCAGACGGAGAGGGAUCGGCUGGGCUGCAUGUGACGGAAGAUGGAGUCGUGCUGAGAAGACCCCCACGCACUGGAGCUUCUGCCAUCAAGCGACGCAGUGGCAAUCGUCGCUCUCGUACCAAGCUGAAACGUCGGUGCUCUAUCAAUGGUCACUACUACAAUCGGGAGACGUCGUUUUUCACGCCGCCCUACGGUUCUCAAAUGUCAGUGUGGGUCUCCUCAAUGGUGACCACCACAGAGGUUAUCAACUUGGUGCUGGAGAAAUACAAGGUGGACAGUUCGCCGGGCAACUUUUCCCUCUUUAUUGUUCGCGACAAUGGUGAACAGAAGCGUCUCAAGGACGACGAGUAUCCUUUGAUAACGCGCGUCACUUUGGGACCUCAUGAGGAUGUGGCCCGCAUAUUUUUAGUGGACUCUCGCAAAACUGAUGAAAUCAGUAAUGAAGUUGCUCAAUUUUUGAAUUUAUCUUUGCCCGAGUGCCGUGCUAUUCUGGAGCGCUACGAUCAAGAAGUUGACCGCGAAGUGGCCAAAAUAAAGGAAAGAUACGCCGAGCUGCGUCGUCGUAUUGUCAGCCGCAUGGAAUCUCUUAAAGUGCAUUUGUAAAACGUAAACGGAAUCUCUGGCAUAAGAUCAAUUUUUUAUUAGCCAUAACAUGAAUGCGGCCAAAAAGAAGUGUCGGCAGCAGCGCAGCUAAUAGUAUUCACGUUUUUAUACAAGAUAUAUAUAUAUUUUUAUGUAGGAUCUAGAGAAAAUUACGAACUAGCAACAUUAGGCGCCCAGUGAACAAAAAGCAGCUGCUGCACGUCGCAAAUACAUAUAUACAUUACGUUUAGGGUUCGAUUCUUCCCAGCCGAAACUAACAAUCAAUUCCAGGCAUUUCCAUUCGUUUAGAAAGCGUUUAAGACUUGUAACUAACCAAAAAAUAAUUAUUAAUCCACCACAUUACCAUACAGUUUUUGUUUUAUGUUAAUAAUCAAAGCAUGUGCUUUAUGCAGUCACGUUAAAAGCGGUGUCAUGUAUCUAUUGUACAAUGUUUAGCUUUUAAGCCGUAACAUGAAGCACAGGUCUUGCUAGUAGCGUGUAGUCAAAAGCCAUUUUAUCGAGUCAUUGAAAAUCAAUUUGAUUAGCAAUUGCUGCAAUGCCUGCGAAACAAUAACAAUAACUGUGCACAUACUACAUAUUGCAUAACAUGGACUUGUUGAUUGAAAAUCAUUUGGAAAUCCAAUAAAAUGAACAUUUUACAACCGAA